AUUUUAAUGAGAAAUUUUUUUUUAUAUAAAAAGUCAAAUUUUUUUUAUAUAUUACAUUAAGUUACGAGAAAAACUGAAACAAGAUGUUGAAAUUUAUAUUUUUCAUUGGUGCCAUUUUCUUUUCAGGGGUUGUUGGCAAUGAAAAUAGUACUGGAAUAAAAUUGCAAGCUUGGAAAAUUGUUAAUGAAGCAUUAAGUAGUGGCAUUGAAGUAUUACAUGAAGCUGAAAAUUUAGCAGAUACCAAUAUUGGAGACUUCAAAUUGCAAAUAACGAAUUUUGAUUAUCAACUUCAUGAAAAAUAUUUUCCCAUAAGAAGCUCGGUGUGGAAUGAAAUUUCAAUUGCACUAGAGGAGGAAAGUAAUUACACUAUUGGUGAAUGUUUAUUAAUGAAAUUAAAUUAUGAUGAAACAAAAUGGGAGGCUGUGGAAAAAUUCGGGAGUUGUAUGAAUGAGAAUUUUAUUCAUAUUGCCGAAAAUAAAACUCGAGAAUUGAAAAAUAAUUAUAUUUCUUUUCUUAGAAAUUUAAUUAAUUUAAAAACUCAAUUUAUUGACAGUAAGAAUUUUCUUGGCUCGUCUCUCGAUCAUUUUUCGACGUUUAUAGGGGCACAACUUUCAUUUUUCAGCAAAAAAAUAGGAGAUACUGUUUUCAGUAUAACGCAAUUAUUGACGAAAUCAGAAAUUUGUCAUCAAUUAAAAGAAAUUCAUUUUUUCAAUGAAAGAUCGUUGCAUGUUGUUAACGAUGUCAAGGGUUGUAUUAAAAUCAAAAAAGAAUUGUCAGAAUAUGUAAAAUUGAAAUAAUUUUUUUUUUAAUUA